GCGAGGCCUUGAAAUGCACUCUAUCCCUUUCCUCCCUUGAAGUCCCAGUUGAUCGCACUGACACAUCCACUACCUCUUCGCUGCUUCCAGGCGAGAUGAUUGACCGGUUCUCGAUUGUCACUUUGAUCUUCUUCAUCCUAUCGGUCACUUUCGUCAUCUACCCUUGGUCUUUCUAUGUCCACCUUCCCUAUUUUGGGCGCAGAAAGAUUCCAGUAAAUCUCAACACUGCCCCCAUACUGGCCAUAGCGAUACUAUGGGCGGCACAGUGCAUCGGCGCCACCGACAUCCGCAACGGCAUUGUGGGCACGGACGGGCUGAAGCCGUACAACGUCCUCAUCCUCUUCAUCACCCUUGCGUAUAUGUCCAUCACACUUGACGCGACAGGGCUUCUCAAAGCCGUAGCGUUUUGGGUCAGCAACAAGGGUGGAACGAGCGGACCGCGCCUCUACAUGUACUUCUACGCCAUGCUCACUCUGCUCACUGUCUUCAUCGGCAAUGACCCGGUCAUAUUGUCUGGGACGGUUUUCCUGCUCUACUAUACGCAGGCGAACGACCUCGAGCCCCUCCCAUGGUUGAUGUCCGAGUUUACUGCUGCGAAUACGGCAAGCAUGGUCUUGUUCUUGGGCAAUCCGACGAACGUGGUCAUCUGCGAAGGUUUUGGCGUGAACAACGUCGCAUUUACCGUAUACACAAUUCUGCCAUUUGUGGCGUGCUGCGUCUGCGGCCUGGUGGCUCUAGGGUUCCAAUUUCGCCACCCGAAGCACAUCCCAAGGAGGCUGCAGCGUCAGGACUACCUCGACCCAAGGGACGUUCUUCAUGAUCCCAUAGGGGCCUGCGUCGGCAGCUUCAUCUUUGGCGCCUGUCUCGUCGUGAUCAUCGUCGUCAGCUUCUUCCACAUCGACGUCUGGAAGAUCAGCCUUCCAUUCGCACUGGCCAAACUCGCCUUCGAUAUUUUCUGGGAUCACCGUCGCUACGUACAGGGCCAGUUCACGAAUGGGCCAGAAAGCGAUCCGACGGACGACCCACAAUUUGGCAACAACCAGCCCAGCGCGUCCAACGGUGCAUCAAGGGGGACGGAAGAGGAAGCCAAGGCCGCUCACGUAUAUCCUCCAAGAGCCAUCGACAAGAAGGAAGGCGCGCUUCAGGAAACGGAAGUCACUGCGCCUAAGACGAGCUCAGCUGCAAAGCGCCCGCUGCUUCCCGCUAAGGUCGUGGCGUCUCUGGCUCGCGUACGUCAACAAUGGGCAUGCCAUUUCCCAACGCUCGCCACCGCAUUACCGCGCCUACCUCUCGCACUUGUCCCCUUCGCAUUUUCCCAAUUCAUCCUCAUCGAAGGCCUCGCCCGCCGCGGCUGGAUUGACGUCUUCGCCACCUGGUAUCUCCGCGCCACCCACGGCGCCCUCCACCCCACCAUCUGGCUCAUCGGCGUCCUCGGCAUCGUCCUCUGCAACUGCGCCGGCACGAACAUCGGUGCGACCAUCCUUCUUGCUAAGGUCCUUCGCGCCGCGCCUGGCGUAUCACCGCCCACGCUCCGCGCAGCGGCCAUCGCGCUCGCGGUCGGGAGCAACAUUGGUGCAGUCGGGGCGACCUUUUGCGCAAGCUUGGCGGGGCUUUUGUGGGCGGGAAUCUUGAGGCAGAGGGGGGUGGUCGUGCGACAGCGGACGUUCGCCUACUGGAAUCUCCUACCCUUGCUCGUCAUGGCGGGAGUAGGACUUGGUGUAGUCUCCGCGGAGAUGGCGGUACUGUACAGGAAGUGA